GUUUUUGGUUUUGUGUUUAUAAUUGAAUUUAGUUUUGCGUUGAAAGACACACAUCUUUGGAUCAAUUAGUGAUAUCUGGAGUCGAGAGAUGUCCAAAAACGCGGAUUUGAUUGAUAUUUGUAACACUGUUUCGAAAUGGAUCAAUAGAUCACUUAUACCAGAGCCAGACAUCACUGGUUUGGCCGACAUUUGCGAUCUCAACAAAUACGACGAGAAGUAUUCAGCGGAAGAUCUGAAG